AGGCUUGCGGAUGAGUCACAAAAAUAACCCUGGAUCGUGAAUUUAUUUUGGACCACGGUCAUGUUUUGACUCGCCUGCGCCUGAAAAUGUAAAAUUUUCUUUUCAAUGUUCGAUGGAUGUAUCAAGUUAAUGCGUGAGAAGCGUAUGCAGAGCUUAACGAAGAGAGAUGAUUGAUAGCUGCAUGUACGUGUAGUCUACCACCAGGCAAGAUGUUUUCUGUUCGGAUUGUGACCCUCAACCACUACCAGGCACCCCCCAUUGAAGAUUUGGAUGUGACCUUCUCAGAGUUCAGGGGGUCAGAGGUCAGGCAGGUCCCAGUGAUCAGGGUCUUUGGCUCUACUCCGUCUGGCCAGAAGACCUGUCUGCAUGUCCAUGGAGUCUUCCCCUACAUCUACAUCCCUUACGAUGGCUCCCAGCCGACUGACCGCUACCUCCAUCAGAUGGCCAGCAGUCUGGACACUGCCCUGCAGGUGGCCCAAGGGAAGGGCUCGUCCACUGUCCAGCAUGUCUUCAAGAUCUCCCUGGUCUCUGGCAUACCUCUUUAUGGAUACCACAAGUCAGAGAGGCAGUUUAUGAAAAUCUAUUUCUACAAUCCUGCUGUCAGAAGGAGGGCUGUUGAGCUUCUUCAGAAUGGUGCUGUCAUGAACAAGAUCUUCCAGCCUCACGAAUCACAUGUUCCUUUCAAUCUCCAGUUUCUGAUUGACUACAACCUGUAUGGAAUGAACAUGCUGAACCUAGCUGCAGUGAAGUUUCGGAGGCCAGAGGAGGCAACAGAUUCAUCCAAUCAAAAGCUUUCUUCACCAAAACCGUCCACAAGCUUCCAAGCCACCAGCCCACCCGGAGCACCCACCCCCCUGAGACGACGCCACAGCAGCAGCGGCAGCAUGAGCGUCUGCACCCAGGUGUGGGGGGAUGAGAACAUCCCCUCCUCCCAGUGGCUUGGGGAGGACGUCAAGAGGCAGAGCUGCUCUGAGCUGGAGGUGGACGGCGUCGCUGCCGAUAUCCUCAACAGGAUGGACCUGCAAGAUAAUGCUGAGACGAACCCAGGUCUGGUGGGUAUUUGGGAGGAUGAGAAACAGAGGAGAGAACAACUCGAUCAGAUGGAUCAACUUCUUCCUCCAUCAUCACCCGAGCGGGGAGAUAUUCCACUCUUGAGUGCAGAGAAGAAGUGGAAGACAAGGUUACAGGAGAUUGUGGAGAAGCAAUUUAAAGACCUGCAGGAAAUGGAGGGUCAAGUUACUAGCAGUGAAGAUGAGCCCAUGGACACAGAGAGUAGUGAAGAGGUCAUGCCACCCUCCCAAAUUAGCAUCCCUUGCACCCCUGCUAACGAAGUGGAAUAUCACUACUCACAAAAUCCAGCAGACAGUGAGCCCUCUCAGAGGCAGAGCUUCAGCGGUGAUGUUGCACCAGUCGUCAACGAGGAGUUGGUCUACUCCAUCCUGGAAGCCUCACAGAGAUUGUCACAAUCACAGGCACAAGAUACGUGUGAUGAGGAGCUUGCUAAUCUUCUGGUAGAUCUUGUUCAUGAGGAGGAAGAAGAAGACCUGGUACUAUCUGGGAGAAUGAGCACCCAAAGCUCGAGGGGAAAUCCAAGGCCAUCUGGCAUCGAUAUAUCCGACUCUGAUGAUGAGGACAGUCCUGAGCUUGAGGCCCAGGCGGAGAAGGAGAUGUCACAGGCCUGGAUUAUUUUAGAUGAAGAGCUUGAGAAAGAAGAAGAACAGGCUGAGGAAGAUAAGAGCAGAAAAAGUAGACAACCAGCUGAUGUCAGUCAGAGUGCACAGUUGAAUGAGCUCAUUGGUGAGAUAGAGGAAGCAGGGGAUGAAGCAUCUCAGAGGUCAAGCCAGAGGUCAAGCCAGAGCGGGGAUGUGCCGAUACCUCAGCUAGAUGGAAGCUCGGACAUCAAUCCAGGGGAAGGUGAAAGGAAAGACAAAUCAAAGUCAGUUGUUGGUAGCGGCAGACAAGGAUCAAAGAGUCCUCGCAAGCAAGACAGUGCCGUAGGUUCUGAAAGGCCGUUGGCAGCAGACAAAAUUGCCAGGAAACCUCACAUGGCUGUUGAUGGUCCUCUAGGGGAUAUCUGUGAUGCCUUAGAGCCCUUGGAAGAAUCUCCUAAAAAGAAACGUGCUCCUGCCAGAAAGAAGAAGGGACUUUCAAUUGCCUCCAGAAGUACAAGAAGUCCAAGAAAACUCAUGAAUGGAAGACACGAUGAAGCUUCUCCUGUCUUUGAAAAGGCUGGUAAGGUCCAAAGAAGAAAGGCCAGUAAUUCUUCUAGAUCAGCAGGGAAACGGACCAAGCGGAUACUUCAAGGUGAAGGCAAAGUUGAGAACUCUCAUGAGAAUAGUUCACACAAACCUCUUGUUUCGCUUGGAAGAGGAAGAAUGGGAAGUAAGAGUCCACGUAAGUCAUCAGAAAGGGCUGACUUUCCUUUCUGCGCUGAAACAAUGUCCCGUAGUCCUCAGAAACCUCUGCAGGGGCCACUAGAGAAGUACUCUAAUGCCAUUGAAUACAAACUUGCACCUUGUUUUCAGUAUGCUGAAUCACUAAAGCCAAAAGAUUACACAAAGUUACUACAAAGGGAUACCUCUCCCAGACCUAUGGAUACCAAGAAAAGGAGACAUAGGCAGCCAUCAGGAAAUGAAAAAUGUUCAACAACUAGCCCAAGACAAAAGAGACGUGGAUUGAAGAGCAAUUCCCCAAGAUUAAGAAGGAACAGUUCUAAGGUGGAAGAUGUUGACAAUCCUCCAUCAAGUGGAAGGAGGAGGAGAAACUCAACGAAAGAGGAAUCUCCCCAACAAAGCUCUAGUGCCACAAACAGCAGUGCUCUGAGAGUAAGGAGAACCAAUUCAGCGGUUUCUCCCAGGAGAAGAACCUCUCAGGAAUCUACAAGGCUUCAGAGUGUGUCUUCAGAUGAAGACUUUAAAGAGAGUAAACCUCAUGCAUCAUUUCGAAGAGGGAAUACUGGAAACAAGGACACUCGUAAAAAGGUAGAGGAAGGGAAAUCGAGUAGGAAGAUGGCCAAGGGCAUAAGGUCAAAGAGAAGCUAUCGUCAAACGCCUGAUAUCCCAGAUGUUGUCAAAGACUGUUCUGUACCUACGGAACCGGCCAGAUCUCCUGGUAAAAAUGGAAGUGGCAGGGGAGGAAAGAAGAGCCCUAGAAGGCGGCAGCAACAAAAUGAUAAACCAUUCAUCUCAGACAGAAUAAUCCGCAGCCCUCACAAACCAAUGGAAGGAGCUGUCUCGGUAUACAUUAAAGCCAUUGGCUAUAAGAUAGCACCUUUGUUUCAGUAUGCAGAGUCUGUUAAACCUAAGCCCAAAGUGGUCAUAGCUCCUUUGGAACUAUCCACAUCCCCCACGAACAUCCUAAAGAGAAGUAAUAGCAUAGCUGUCAGUGCCUGUGAGAAAUCUCCAAAGAUUCCAGCCAAUGUUGUCCGAAGAAUAAAUCUCCUGCCAAACAACGUAACAGAGAACCUGUGA